GGCGGCGGCGGCAGUUCCAACCAGCCUCGGGCCGCGAGCGAGCGUACCUGCGCACGCGCCGACAUGCGCACGACAAACCAUCCGCGAGUGAUCACCUCAGUGAAGUGACCCCUUAACUAACAGGAUUACCAACACAGGACCCCGUUCCUGACUGAUCACCGAUUACCAUGGCGACGUCGGGGGGAGUGCGGGGGCGGCGCGAGGAGGGCAGCGACAACUCGGACGACGAGCUGACCCCGCUCCAGCAGGAGAUCUACGGCGGCAGCCAACGCACAGUACAAGAAACAAAAGGAUGGGACGUGUUCCGAGAGAUCCCGCCGAAGCAGGACAGCGGGUCGAUGGAGAGCCAGCGCUGCCUGGAGAUCACCGUGCGCAUCAUGAAGAUCCUGGCCUACCUGGUGACCUUCGUCGUGGUGCUGGGUUCGGGGGUGCUGGCCAAGGGGUCGGUGCUCUUCAUGACCUCGCAGCUGAAGAAAGAUAGAAGACUGGCGUAUUGUAAUAAGAAUUUAGGUAGAGAUAAGCAGUUUAUAGUGACGCUGCCGGACGAGGAGCGGGUGGCGUGGAUGUGGGCGCUGUUCAUCGCAUUUAUGGUCCCCGAGAUUGGGACCCUCAUCAGAUCUGUCCGGAUAUGCUUCUUCAAGUCAUCCAGAACUCCAAGCAGCGCCCAAUUUAUUGUGAUAUUUGUAUCGGAAUCCCUCCACACCAUCGGAUUGGCGCUUUUGAUGUUCAAAGUGUUGCCAGAAAUCGAUGUGGUUAAAGGAGCUAUGAUAACGAAUUGCCUCUGCAUCAUUCCAGCCAUUCUGGGGCUAUUGUCGAGAAACUCAAGGGACUCUAAAAGGUUCAUGAAAGUUAUCGUAGAUAUGGCUGCGAUUGGGGCUCAAGUCACAGGAUUCAUAUUAUGGCCACUGCUGGAGAAUAAGCCGGUCUUAUGGCUGAUACCGAUCUCGUCAAUCUGCAUAUCACUAGGCUGGUGGGAGAACUAUGUCACUCGGCAGAGUCCAAUCGGUAUAAUCAAGAGCCUCGGCCGCCUGAAGGAGGAGCUGAACCACACGCGCUACUACACGUACCGCUUCAUCUCCGUGUGGAAGAUCCUGCUGUUCCUCAUGUGCAUCCUCACCAGCAUCUGGCUGGACGGCGACGAGCCCGGCAUGUUCUUCCAGCUCUUCAGCGAGGGGUUCGGACCGCACAACAUUGUCGUUGAAGAGAUCCAAUUCCAGACGGGAGGCACAAUGAUACCGGACUUAGCCAACGCGACACUAACCGGCGACUCAGUGGAGGUGGCAGCGGCCUACAACUCUGCCGUCUACGUCAUCCUCAUACAAGUGUUCGCCGCUUACUUCUGCUACAUCUUCGGGAAGUUUGCGAGCAAGAUUCUCAUCCAAGGGUUCAGUUACGCCUUCCCGAUCAACUUGGUUAUACCGCUGGUGGUGAACUUCUUGAUCGCUGCUUGCGGUAUCAGGAAUGGUGAUACGUGCUGGUUCCAUGGGACUAUUCCGGAUUAUCUGUUCUUUGAGAGCCCGCCAGUGUACUCACUAAGCGACUUCAUAUCUCGUCAAAUGGCGUGGGUGUGGCUGCUAUGGCUGCUGUCCCAGACCUGGAUCACCAUCCACAUCUGGACACCCAAGGCCGAGCGUCUGGCGUCUACGGAGAAACUGUUCGUACUGCCCAUGUACAACGGACUGCUCAUCGACCAAAGCAUGGCGCUGAAUCGGAAGAGAGAUGACCAGAAGGAUGUUAAGACUGAGGAUCUGGCUGAAAUCGAAAAGGAGAAGGGCGACGAGUACUACGAAACUAUAUCUGUGCACACCGACAACACGGGGUCCUCUCCAAGAGCCGUCAAAUCUUCCGACCAGAUUACAAGAAUCUACGCAUGCGCGACGAUGUGGCACGAGACGAAGGACGAGAUGAUGGAGUUCCUCAAGUCCAUCCUGCGGCUGGACGAGGACCAGUGCGCGCGCCGCGUCGCGCAGAAGUACCUCAGAGUCGUGGACCCGGAUUACUACGAGUUUGAAACCCACAUAUUCUUGGACGACGCUUUCGAAAUAUCGGACCACAGUGACGACGAUUCCCAGGUGAAUCGAUUCGUGAAACUGUUAGUGGACACGAUUGACGAGGCUGCGUCGGAGGUGCAUCAGACGAACAUUCGUAUGAGGCCGCCGAAGAAAUUACCUGCUCCGUACGGGGGACGGCUGACCUGGGUGCUCCCUGGGAAGACUAAGAUGAUCUGCCACUUGAAGGACAAGGCCAAGAUUCGACACAGGAAGCGAUGGUCUCAGGUGAUGUACAUGUACUACCUGCUCGGUCACCGUCUCAUGGAACUCCCCAUCUCCGUGGACCGCAAGGAGGUGAUGGCUGAGAACACGUACCUACUGACACUGGACGGAGACAUCGACUUCCAACCACACGCCGUGAGACUGCUGAUUGAUUUGAUGAAGAAGAACAAGAACCUGGGCGCAGCUUGCGGACGAAUCCAUCCGGUUGGCUCUGGGCCGAUGGUGUGGUACCAGAUGUUUGAGUACGCGAUCGGUCAUUGGCUGCAAAAGGCGACGGAACACAUGAUUGGCUGCGUGCUGUGUAGUCCGGGAUGCUUCUCGCUCUUCAGAGGGAAGGCUCUCAUGGACGACAACGUCAUGAAGAAAUACACGCUGCGAUCUGACGAGGCCAGGCAUUACGUGCAGUACGAUCAAGGGGAGGAUCGUUGGUUAUGCACAUUGCUGCUGCAACGAGGAUACCGAGUAGAGUACUCAGCCGCCUCCGACGCCUACACGCACUGCCCUGAAGGUUUCAGCGAGUUCUACAACCAGCGUCGUCGCUGGGUACCCUCCACUAUCGCCAACAUCAUGGACUUGCUUGCCGACUACAAACAUACCAUCAAAAUCAACGACAAUAUCUCCACGCCGUACAUCGCUUACCAGAUGAUGUUGAUUGGCGGUACGAUCUUGGGCCCUGGUACUAUAUUCCUUAUGUUGGUGGGAGCCUUCGUGGCUGCGUUUAGAAUCGACAACUGGACUUCAUUCGAAUACAACCUCUACCCGAUAUUGAUCUUCAUGUUCGUUUGUUUCACGAUGAAAUCUGAGAUACAGUUACUGGUGGCACAAAUACUCUCUACGGCAUAUGCAAUGAUAAUGAUGGCGGUAAUCGUGGGUACAGCUUUACAAUUGGGCGAGGACGGAAUAGGUUCGCCGUCGGCUAUCUUCUUGAUAUCACUGUCAAGUUCAUUCUUCAUAGCCGCUUGUUUGCAUCCACAAGAGUUUUGGUGUAUCGUCCCCGGUAUCAUUUAUCUUCUGUCUAUUCCUUCUAUGUAUCUGCUGUUGAUUUUGUACUCGAUUAUAAACCUUAACGUCGUAUCUUGGGGUACACGAGAGGUGCAAGUUAAGAAAACUAAGAAGGAAAUCGAGCAAGAAAAGAAAGAAGCGGAAGACGCAAAGAAGAGUGCAAAGCAGAAGUCUUUACUCGGGUUCUUACAAGGAGCAAACCAGAACGAGGAUGAAGGGUCAAUAGAGUUCUCAUUCGCGGGUCUAUUCAAGUGCAUGUUGUGCACACACCCUAAGGGCAACGAGGAAAAGGUGCAACUAUUGCAUAUCGCAUCUACACUUGACAAGCUCGAGAAGAAACUGGAAACUGUUGAAAAGACCCUGGACCCUCACGGCCUCCACAGAGGUAGGAAGCUGUCGAUAGGCCACCGCGGCAGUACCAACGGAGACCACGGGCUGGACGCCCUGGCUGAAGACAAUGAGGAUCAUAACCUGGAUUCUGACACCGACACUCUGUCCACGGCACCUAGAGAACAAAGAGACGAAUUAAUAAAUCCAUACUGGAUAGAGGACCCAGAAUUAAAGAAGGGAGAGGUAGACUUCUUGAGUCAGUCCGAGAUUCACUUCUGGAAGGAUCUGAUUGAUAAGUAUCUGUACCCGAUCGAUGCCAAUAAGGAGGAGCAGGCCCGUAUCUCGCACGACCUGAAAGAGCUGCGAAACUCAUCCGUCUUUUCCUUCUUUAUGAUCAAUGCCCUCUUUGUUCUCAUCGUAUUCUUGCUGCAACUGAACAAGGACAACCUCCACAUAAAGUGGCCCUUCGGAGUCAAAACUAACAUUACGUAUGAUGAGGUGACGCAAGAGGUGCUGAUCUCCAAGGAAUACCUGCAACUAGAGCCUAUUGGUCUGGUGUUCGUGUUCUUUUUCGCGUUGAUUUUAGUCAUCCAGUUCACUGCCAUGUUGUUCCAUCGAUUCGGAACUUUGUCGCAUAUAUUAUCGUCUACGGAACUGAACUGGUUCUGCAAUAAGAAGGCGGAAGACUUAUCUCAAGACGCACUGCUGGAUAAGAAUGCGAUAGCAAUAGUGAAGGAUCUACAGAAACUGAACGGGCUCGACGACGAGUACGACAAUGACUCGGGGUCGGGCCCGCACAAUGUGGGAAGGAGAAAGACGAUACACAACCUGGAGAAAGCGAGACAGAAGAAGAGGAAUAUAGGAACGCUCGAUGUCGCUUUCAAGAAACGGUUCUUCAACAUGAACGCUAAUGAAGGACCAGGAACACCAGUUCUAAACCGCAAGAUGACAUUGCGAAGAGAGACGUUGAAGGCGUUGGAAACGAGGAGGAAUUCUGUGAUGGCCGAACGAAGGAAGUCGCAAAUGCAAACACUUGGAGCUAACAACGAAUAUGGAGUCACUGGAAUCUUAAACAACAACCCAGCGGUGAUGCCGCGCCACCGGCCGUCGACAGCCAACAUUUCAGUCAAGGACGUGUUCGCGGAACCCAACGGGGGGCAAGUGAACCGAGGGUACGAGACAACUCAUGGCGACGAGGGAGACGGCAACUCCAUCAGACUGCAGCCGAGAACCAACCAGGUCUCCUUCCAGGGGAGAUACCAAUAACAAGACCCCUAAAAGUUGCCAAAACUACCUGGGAAAAUUAGGAUAAGAAACUGUAGAUACUCAUUUAUUACUGUUUAGCGUAAGCCGACACUCAUAGGAAUCGAAUUUUUACAUUGUAUUGCUUGUGAUAUUGUUACCUUUAUAAAGUGUAGCUGAUUUGUUUUGACUACUUUUUCUGUUGAUUGUUUUUGUUCCGGAAAUGACAAUAUUAUCGAUUGGUUCAAAUUCUUACCUACAUUAUUUGAUAGUAGUACUUAACAGCUUUACUUAGAUCAAGUUUAAUGAGCAAUAUUUUUACUCUUUAGGUUUAGGUCCUUAAGCAAUCUCCUGUAACUUUCAAUUGUAGACUUUUACAAAUAGGAACAUCACAAUUUUAUACUUUAUUUAGUAGGUACUUUUUAGUCUGCAGUUGGUGGAUGACUUGCUUUAUUUUAGAACUAUAAUUAUUUGACACUGCCAAUAUACAAUUUUGUAUUUUUUAUAUAAUAUACUACCUGAUGUGUUUUAUAUUUAUUGAAAAUGUAUUAGUCCUUUUCAAAUUAAGUAAUCUAUCUUAUAAGUAAGUGACAUUUUCAUUAAAAUAGAAUACAUUAAUAAUUGAAAGAAAAAUAUAAAAAAAUUGCAU